ACAAUACUAUUGCAUUAUUUUAAUGUUGAAGUAUUUCACUUCUGCAAACACCAAAAAGCGCUUGUCUGCUUCGUGUUUCAACUUUUUUCAGGUGCUAAUGGACUGGCAAACCCCCGGGACUUCCUAACACCUCUAGUAUGGCUUGAAGACAGAGAUGUGUCCUCUGGUUUCACAGUUAUCAGCAAAUUCAAGAGAAAACUCUUUCAAAGCCAUUCAGGUUUGAUUUGGAAGUACUAAUGGCUGAACUUCUUUGUAAUACUGGAAAGAACAUUUCAUUAGACCAAUUUCAUGAAAAUGAAGAAAUGAUCGUCGCAGUGGACGCAAUUUUUGCAAUUGCGUAAAGAAGCCUGAAAAAAAAAAAUUCAGGACUUCAACGGGGUUUGAACCCGUGACCUCGCGAUACCGGUGCGGUGCUCUACCAACUGAGCUAUGAAGCCACUGGCGUUGGGGGCAGGCCAAUUGGGGGUUCAUAUGUUCCGGUGAAAGAAAUGAGUGUUAAUGAUAUAUGAAAUAAAUCAUAUGUGAACUGCGGAAAUGAAAUGAAAAUGAAGAAAUGAUCGUCGCAGUGAACGCAAUUUAUGCAAUUGCGUAAAGAAGCCUAAAAAAAAAAGUUCAGGACUUCAACGGGGUUUGAACCCGUGACCUCGCGAUACCGGUGUGAUGCUCUACCAACUGAGCUAAGAAGCCACUAACGUUGGGGGCAGGCCAAUUGUGGGUUCAUAUGUUCCCGUGAAAGAAAUGAGUGUUAAUGAUGCAUGAAAUAAAUCAUAUAUCAACUGCGAAAAUGCGGAAAUGAAAUGAAAGUGAAGAAAUGAUCGUCGCAGUGAACGUAAUUUAUGCAAUUGCGUAAAGAAGCCUAAAAAAAAAAAAAAUUCAGGACUUCAACGGGGUUUGAACCCGUGACCUCGCGAUACCGAUGCGAUGCUCUACCAACUGAGCUAUGAAGCCACUGACGUUGGGGGGCAGGCCAAUUGUGGGUUCAUAUGUCCCCGUGAAAGAAAAGAGUGUUAAUGAUAUAUGAAAUAAAUCAUAUAUGAACUGCGGAAAUGAAAUGAAAAUGAAGAAAUGAUCGUCGCAAUGAACGCAAUUUAUGCAAUUGCGUAAAUAUUGCAUAAACUGCGUUCACUGCGACUUACGUUCACUGCGACAUCAUUACUUUUAAUUUCAGCCCUUACUUUAUACUGGCGAGAUCCAUUUUGUAAUAAAGAAUCCGAGAGUUUUCUGGUGUCUUGGUUGUUCAUAGAAAUAGAUUUUGCAUCUUGAUCAAGACUAAGACAUCUGGGUUUGAGAAUUUUUGAUUUUUAUAGACUUUUUUUUUUUUUAUUCAAGACAUUUAUUACCAUAAUUACAAAGAACUACUUAAAAAGAAAAUAAUUACAAUGUUCUAAACAACCGCAAUAACAGACAUAUUUACAAUUAUCUACAUUUCACAAUUAUAUACAUUACAGCCACAAAACAGCCGCGCAAUUGCCGAAAGAGGCUUAUUUUACAACAGGAAACAUUAUGUCACUUUCUAUUUUACUGUCAGUACUCAAAUAUGUUGUGGAAAAAUGUUGAACAGUAUUAUUUAACAAUAACAAAGGAAUUUCACGGGUUUGGUUUACGAGAGGUUAUAAUUGGAUAACGAUGUCAAAAUGCCCCUUGUUAAAUUAUCUGAUAUUAAUUGGUAAAUUGCAUUUAUGGGAUUGCAGAAAGAAACAGGUACUUCCAAACAUCGAAGGUUUCAAAUUUAAAGUAAGAACUAAAUAUCAAGUUGAAAAAUAUAUUUCCACUAAGAAUAAUAAAUUAGAAACCUUUUAUGAUUUUUAUAGACUUGGUGAAUAACUCAUGGUAAGCUAGGCCUUUUAGUAGGUUUAUAGCUGUUGUGUGUUGUGCAGACUGCUAGGAGUAGCAGUCAAACUAAAUACAUCCUGUUUAGAGCGAUUUUCACUUGACUGUCGUAAAACCAAAACCAAAGUAAAUACACUAGCCAACCAAAGGGCGUAGUAAAACCAAAACCAAACCAAUUCCUCAAUUACUUUCGACAGUCAAGUGAAAACCGCUCUAACUGGGCGAAGAAAAUAAUGAAAAAAGAUGUUAUAUUUGGGUAGUCAUCUGAAUGUGAUGUCCUGACAUGACUACAAACCUUACACUUGCUGUCAUACAUGUGCAGCAUGUAUACCCCAUACACCACACACCUAGGUAUUAUAAUUAUUUAUUUCACAUGCUUUAUUUGCAAGCAUGGAUUGAAGAAAGUAGCUGAGUUCCUAAUGAUGGGACACAAACCUGUGACCUGUCUACACCAGAUCAUUGCUGUGACCAAAUCUCUUUAUUCUUUGUAGGACCCAUCAAUAUUCACUGUGUUGACUUGUCCCAGUUUAAAGCCUGGAGUUGCUAUAGCAGAUUUUGUUAUAUUUCCACCAAGAUGGAGUGUUGCUGAGAACACUUUCAGGCCACCUUACUAUCACAAAAAGUGGCGUUUUGAAGGUUAUAAUUACAGUGUGAGUGACUCAGACUUCUGCUGGACCUGACCAAAAUUACAGAUGGGUCGGAAAAUUUUGGCUAUGUAGUGUAGCAGUGGUGUCCUUUAACAACAUCCUGUGGCCUCUCUACCCUACUUUUGCGCCUAGAUGACUAGGAAGUCUUAGUUUUUCGUUACAAAUCCUUAGCUGGGCACCCUGGAUUUCACAGGCUCAGAGCACUGGGCUUCCUUUCAGUUUUUCUUGAAGCACAGCCUUGUGUAGUAUGGAUGUGGCUUGUUUCAUGUGCUUCCUAUCCAAAUCAACAAGUAUUCAUGCUUUAAAUGUGUAAUGUCUAUGACUAUUUUAAUAUCACAGGAAUAUCAGCGAUCGGAUACAAUUGUAGAUCGUAGAGCCGUAAUUCCUCUCAUCAAAGUUUGUGAAGAAACUACUUUACUGGGGCAAACAAGAAUAGCAAAUAAAUUCAAGUCUCAUCAAGGCUGUAGGUUGUUUGGCAUUUGUUUGAAUUUACAAAGGAUCUUGCAUCCCAUUCCCUGGAAUACAAUUGCAGGGGCAGCAGACAACUGCAAACUAAAUUCAAGUUCAGAAAGAGAAAGAAAAAUUAGUCGUCGCUUGUUUACGUCCUCCAUAAAACGUCAAAUUAGACAUUUUCAGCAUUUGCAGUGACGGCAAAGAAAUAGACAAAAAAGCGUGAUGCUCGUGCAGAGUUGUUGUUUUGCCUGUACAACAAAUUGCUUUUUUGACGUUCUCGUUGCCGUCGCCGUCGUGGUAUCUUAAAGUCCCUAUUAAGAAUAAUACAAGGAGAUGCAAUGUGAAGGAGGCUGUUAAAUCAAUAUACAAUGUAUGGUCCGAGCAAGAGUAGAGUCUCCCUCCUCACCUUAAAGAAAAAGCAUUUUAAAUUAUAAUGACAGAAAUAGGAAAAUGUUGAGGUACCCUUAGCAAGAAAUGUGUCCUUCCCAGCGUAAAAGAAAAUGUUUAAGAGAUUGAACUUAAAGCGCCAUGUCUCUCAACCGUUACUUUUAAUUUAUGAACAGGAAACUGUAUGAGUGAAUUCAUGGGAUUGAUUUAUGGAAAAUACGAAGCCAAAGUUAGUACCUAGUAUUUAUUAUAUUCCAAUUAUUUACCUGCAGUUUGAAGGUUUUUGUUUUCGUUUUUGCUUUUUGUUGGAGAGCGAGCCACACCCUGCCUCUGAUCUCAGCUAAAUUUUUCACUUUUUUAAUCUUUGAGGGUGCUUUCAACUGGCUUACAUGUAAUUGGUCAAAUCAAGGUGAGAUUUUCCGAAGUUGAAUUUUUGGGGAGCACAUCAAAGUUUAAAAAAAGGACCAAAAAAAAUCGUUUACAUGCUCUACAAUAUGUCCCAUUGGAACGUUUCACGUUUUAGUCGAGCCGUGAGAAAUGUACAAAAAAAGCAUGAUGCACGUGCAAAGUUGUUCUUUUAGUGAUCAAACCUAUUGCUUCUUUGACGUUCCCGUUGCCAUCGGCGUUGUGGUUGCUUAAAUUCACUAGUAUUCGUCAGAGACUAUAAUAUUUACGGUUUUUUUCUUGUCAUGUUAGGAGGAAGGAUUUGCCCCAGGGGGUGGUAGUCUGCAUAGCAUGAUGACUCCUCAUGGACCGGUUAAGGAUUGUUUUGAGAAGGCGUCAAAUGCAGAGCUGAGACCCCAGCGAGUAGCAGAUGGAACUAUGGUAUGUAUAACAUGA